CUCCGUUGUGUGCUGUCCUGCGUGACUGAGUCUAAAGCCUCUUGCCCCGCGCCUUCUGCCUGUUCACCCCAUGCCCAGUCCGCCUUCGCGCUGCUCUUACGACCGCCCCCCAUUGGACCCGAAACAGCAACAGCAGCGCGAACAAAACCCGCCAGAUGACCAGCGAGACGUCGAGGCACCAUCAGCCAGAGCCACCGCAGCGGCUUUUGCCAUGCGCAAGCAAUGGGAUGCGAAGGCUGCAUCCUUUCAGCGUGGGAUCGAACACGUGCAGCAGUGCCACGCCGGUGAUGCGUGCGGCAGCUCGCUCUGCCACUCUACGCGUCGGUUGAUGAAGACCUACGUGACGCACCCGUGCCCCAAGAAGAGCAACAACAACAAUAACAACGGCGAAAGCUCCGUGGACUGUCGCGUGUGCAAGCUCUGGGACUUCCUCAUGGCCAACAAGCAGCCACUGCCCAGGCUACAGCGAGCACUGGCGCAACAGGGAGGACUCAGCUGCGGCUCGGCGCUAGUCCAGCCGCGUCGACUGAUGCGUCCUAGUGUCCUGCACCGCCGGAUCUCCACUGCGCAACAAGAAGCGCAGAACAUGACACGCCGCUUCUAA